GAGAAACGAAAUUGCACUCACGUCUAGAGACCAGAGCCCACACGGCACGCCGCACUCACCGAGCUCCUUUCCAACCACCUGUCUCAUGGCCACGAGGCCCCCGAGCUGCUCUGCCCGCCCCAGAUCCCCAGCCAUCGCCGUCUGGUUCCUGCCGGCCGCCGCCCUCCUCCUCUUCCUCCUCCGCUGGUCGCCCAUGGGCUCCUACCCUCCCACCUCCCCUCGUGGUCCCGCCACGGUGCCGUCCCGGCGCGCCCAGCUGUACUCGAAGAUGGCGCGCGACCUCGACGAGCGCGGCGCGGCGUUCCUCAGCGGCGGCGAGACGUCGCAGGCGCUCACGCUCUCGGACCUCUUCGACACCGCCGGCGGCGCCGUCGUGCCCAGGCUCAAGGCCGCCGACCCGCCGGUGCGCGCGAACGUGCUCUACCUGGACCCGGAGUUCGCCGCUGUGAUAUCGAAGGCUGUGAAGGAAGUAUUUCUUCCUUAUUUUGAUCAAGUUGUCUGGUUCCAAAAUACGAGCAUGUAUCAUUUCAGUAUGUUUCACGCCUCCCAUCACUCGGAGCCCAUUGUAGCAACUGAGGAUGAGAUUGAAGCCGAAGUGGAGGCAGUAAAAAAGGUCACCGAGACUGUUUGUCCCCUUAAAAUUGUAUUGGAUCGAGUGGUUUUGACAUCAACUGGUGUGCUUCUUGGCCUAUGGCAGGUUGAAUCUGGUACUGAUCCUGCUGAAAUCCGCUCAAGACUGAGAGAAGCUCUCCCUCGAGCACCUCAAAAGCAACUGUAUGACCCUGUUCUGCUUCACACCUCCUUUGCACGAAUUCUGGGACAUCCUAAGGUCCCACAAGAGCAAAGUGCAGCAUCUUUUGAUCAUGUCAAGUUCUUCCAUGAGCUGGUUGCUCAAGUUAAUGGGAAGAUUCGUGGCUUCCAGGCGACAGUAUCAGAGCUAUGGUAUGUUGAAGAGUAUGAUGUUCUUGCGCUAGCAUUGAAUGGAAAGAUGAAAGUACGGAGGCUCCGCCUUGGCUGCAAUCGUCAGGACAAUGGAAAAUCAUAAAGAGAAGAUCAUCAGAAUGGAAAAGGAUUAGGAGACUUGUGCUAGAUUAUCAAUCUACAUUGGUCUAAUUUUGCUUGCAUGGCUCACCUAAAUGGCCUGCAAAAUAUGGCGGCCAAACCAUAUGCCGAAUGCUUAUGUAGGAAUCGCAUGCAUUUUUCUGUCGUAUGUAAUGUAAUUGUUCACAGUACAAUGGUGUGAAACUGUGACGGUGUCUACCCCCCUCCAUUUUAUUAGAAACAGCAGCCUAAGACAA